GCAGAGUACAUGGAUAUUCCACCGUAUUUAUUCAAAUCGUAAGUUCCGAGUUAUAUCCUACAUAUACAAACAUCUCGUGCCACAUCAACCUGACACAUCUCAAGCAUCGCAUCACCACCACAAUGCGUAUCCCCUACGUCCCCAACCCCCCACCAACAGACACCCCGGAGGAAGCCUCCAUCCUGGCGAGCGUCCAGGCGCGACGAGCCCCCGGGGCCCUCCUCCCCCUCGAUCUCGCCCUCCUGCACUCGUUCCCCAUAGCGGAGGGCUGGAACUCAUUCCUGGGCACGAUCCGGACCCGAACCAGCCUGUCGGCGGUGAUCCGCGAGCUGAUCAUCUGCCGGGUGGCGGUGCUCAACGGGGCCUUCUUCGAGUGGGAGCAGCACGCGCCACUGUUGCGAGAGAGCGGGCUCAGCGAGGAAGCGAUGCAGGCCGUGGGCGACGCGGCCGUGGAUAUCCCCCGCAGUGUGCAGCAGAGGAUUCUCAGUCCGGUGGAGGGCGCGGUGCUGAAGUAUACGGACGCUAUGACCAAGACGGUUACGGUGGCAGAGGAUCUCUUUCAGGAGGUCAGGGACCACUUCGGCGAUAGGGAAGUCGUGGAGAUUACCACCACCGUGGCGGCGUAUAAUUGCGUCAGUCGGUUUUUGGUCGCGCUGGAUGUGGGGGAGAUGAAUCAUUGAAUCAUUGUUUGAAGUGGUUUCUACCAUUGAUACGGAGUACCUGGGGGUACAUAUACUUAAUGGGUAUAGAUCUUAGACAUUGCUGGUGACAAUGGGAGGAGAUGAUUCAGCCAUAGUUAAAGAAGAUGCGAUGAGGAUGAGACACAGAUGACAUGACAUGGUUUCUUUCCUGCGGAUACACCAGCCGGGCUGUAUUAUUGCCGCCACAAUAACAUAAUAG